GAAAGGUGGAGCCUCAUUGACCCGCUGCUCACCGUCACUCUCUCUCUCUCUGAGCGGCAGCAGCAUGAAACUCUGAUCAAACACGCCACUCUUGGGUCCAUCGAGUGUUUGUUAAAGGCCAGCAGAAGAUGAUGGAGGGCGCACAGGUUCAGAGUGUGAAACAUCAGACCUGCGGCUCCUGUCGCAGCAGCGGCCGUACGGACCGGCUCUAUACGCCCAGGAAAGACCGCCGUCCAAAUGGCACCAAAGAAAGCCGUGAGCCAGGCUCCUCUGUUCCUCUACACAGAAAAGACCACAGCUGGUCCAAGGACUCUAUUAACGAGCCAAAGAGGGAAGAUGCCGUGUCGUUAGCCUGGUGCGAGACUCCAAAGUUAAUCAAAAAGGAUGCGUCGCUCCGCAGGCGUCUGCUCGUGUCCCGCUCCUCGUCCGACGCUACGCCUGGAGAAAUCUCCAGAGUUCACCACAAGAGUUUUGACUCUCCAGACGUCAGCCCGACCGGGCCUUUGUCUUACAGCACUUUAAAAGCCGACGACUUUUUCUCCUGUCGAAAGCGCCGUCUUCUGUUCUCCCAGGCCAUUACGUCCACACUGGAGACGGGCAGGAGCGGCGUCCACAUGAGCCCGACGCUGUUUCAGAACCCGGCCGCCGAACCGGAUCUCGACGAAAGCAUCAUAGCUGGUCUUCCAAGCUCACCACAAACCGAUGACUUCACGCCGCUGAGCGGAGAUGCCUUCCGGUCCCCCCUGAGAACAGAAAAGCGCGUCCUGGACGCGUCUUCGCUCACGCCCGCCUCUGAGGACAGCGGCUUCAGCUCUUUGGGUCUGGAUAAGUCGCACGACUCCUCGGUGGACCACGACGGCUCUUUCCAGGAGUUGGUGCUGACGAGCUCGUGCGGGAAAGACAAGAGACGCUCUCGACUGGAGAGACAGCGCAGGCUGUCCACUCUCCGAGAGGGAGGCUCUCAGUCGGAGGACGGGCCCAGAGACCAGUGGACGGCAUGCGGCGAACCUCGCGCGAGUAAAGACGACGUGUUUUUGGACGGGACACCGCUGAGCGCGGCCACGCUGAAGAUGCAGGACCUGUCUCUGACUCCGGCGCUGCAGGUCGUUCACGCCAUCAGCCGUCGCAGCACUCGUGCGCCGCAGCAGCAGACCAGUCUGGAGGAUCUGCUCUGUCUCUCAGAGGAAGACGGACCCGUCAGAACCAGCCUGCCGCUCUCAGGACUCAUCGGACGCAAAAUGGGCCUAGACAGGGUGGACGUGAUCUCGGAGCUGAGGAUGAGAAGCCUGAGACACGUGCUAGCCGUCAUCUUGAGUCUUCUGUCUGCAGCUGACCUCUACAGGUUUGGCCAGGUGUCUGAAGACUGGAACGACGUCAUCUCAGAAGAUAAGAGAGCCGCUCACAGGAGAAAAAGCCACAUCAGAGAGCUCAAGAUCGCACUGGAGGGUGACAGACCGGCUCACGUUCCAGAUGCGGACACCAGGUCAGCGCUGGCGUGUCGAUCCGCUUUGGGCAGCGUACAGGCUCAGGCCCGAACGGCCCACACACACCCGCCCUGCACCCCGACCCAGACCAACGACCGGCACUGCAGCUCCAAACGCAUGCAGUUCCUGCAGGUGGCUAAGACUCUGUUCAGCGACGAGUAUCUGAAGCCGUGUCCGCGCUGUCAGCAUCCGGCCCGCUGUCACGCGCUGCGGGUCGAGGGUCAGUGCAGUUGGAGCGACUGCGGCUUCCGGUUCUGCACGGCGUGCUCGUGCGCGUUCCACGGCUCCAAAGACUGCGCACACCUGUCUGCCAAACGCAGGAGCAAGAGAGACGUGCUGCCCGGGAGCGCCCAGAGCAAACGCAACGUCAGGCGCCUCUGAGUGUGUGUGUGUGUAUGUGUGUGCAUGUGUGCGCGUGCGUGUGUGUUUUGAUCGUGUAUGUGUGCGUAUGUUUUUAAUUAUGCAUUUCUCAUGAGUUUUGCACUUGUGUACAGCAAUCAUUUCGGUGUAUCUGCAUGUGUGUACAUAUUGCUCUUUACAUGCUUGUUUUUAUACAUUGUUUUAAAUAAAGCACUGUUUUACCUAU